UAUUUGCAGGUGAGCUUGAGGAACAACUCACUGAAGAAGUUUCCGAAGAAGAUUAUUGGCAAAUUUCCAAAAAUUACCAUAUUCAAUAUUGAAGGGAAUGAAAUUGAGGAAUUCCCACAGGAAUUUGAAGAACUCACUCUUAUGAAGGGCUUGAAUGCCGCCAACAAUAGGUUGAGCUCAGUUCCUGAAGGAGUAUUCAAUAUGAAGCAUCUUGCCAUUCUCGAUCUUUCUGGAAACCUAAUUGAGGAUGUUGAUGCAGACCGCCUCUACAGUUCCUGUCCUUCCUUAGUUCAGUUGAAUAUGGCUGGAAAUCCCUUAACGGAAGACGCGAAGAAGCGUCUGUCCACUUCGCCAUCGAAACCCGCGAAGACUAUUCUGAAGCUCGAUUAA